AUGGCCAACUUCAAGGGUCAGACUAGCGACCUUGCGCCCUUCCUUGGCGCCAGCAUGGUUGCCAAGCCCAUCUUCAACGAGACGCAGGGCAAGCACUCAAUCUCGAAGGCCGACUACAACGCCCACGGUCCCUCGGCCAUCUAUGGCGUGUGGCAGGACUAG